AUGUUAUUUACCCUAAAGUCGGACGUAUAUCACGCGUAUCAAGUGAUUCACUCACACGGAAUACCCGAUGAAAACAUAAUUGUCAUGCAUUACGACGACAUCGCGUUCGACACAUCCAACCCGACCCCCGGUAUUAUAAUCAACAAAUAUGGCGGACCCGAUGUCUAUGAAGGGGUCCCUAAAGAUUAUACCGGAGAAGAUGUCACACCACAGAAUUUUUUGGGUAUACUUCGCGGAGACGAGGAAUUAGUCAAAAAAGGCAAACGAGUGCUUAAAAGCAGUCCAAACGAUCGCGGUACGUUCCUAUUAUGGUUGCACCGGACGGGCAUUGAUGAACUUCCCGCCAACGCGUUCGCUGGCCUGCAAUUCAAGUCAAUUCAAAUACAUUUGGCCACAGCUUUACAUAAUAUACACCGGCAUGCGUUCAACGGCACCGACAACUAUACCACUCAUCUGUAUAUAAUCGGUGCGCCGGUCAGCGAACGGGUGGACCGGGAAUGGGAUCUAUUCGGCGCUAUUCAUAGUCUCCAUGGGUUACAAGUGCUGCAGUUGGACAACACUAGCGUACGCGCUGUGCCAACCCAUGCCAUAUCGGGCCAUCAUCAAUUACAAUGGAUUCACAUUUAUAGAAGUCCUAUUAUAACAAUCGCCACCCAAGCGUUCAACGAUUUACCUAACUUGGUUAGCCUGGAUAUUAGAUAUACCAUGAUUGAUAGUGUGGCCGAACGGGCCUUCACUGUGGGAACUGUCGCUAACUAUAUAAACAAAUUAGAUCUUAAUCUAAUAGGUGUUUCGCUGACUGCCGAGUCGUUCGCCGAUCGGGCUUUUGAUGGCAUGAAUCGCUCCGCCUAUCUAUCGCUAAGUGAUAACUCUGUCCGGUAUUUGAAACGCGAGUCAUUCGAAGCCUUUUUGUCGAACAACAGUUAUAUCGUCGACUCGACCGUCGAUUGUAACGAUAGUCGCAACCAUUGGAUUAAAGAGAAAUUCCCAGAUGAGUGGGAA